ACUCGUGUCAGUCUUCAAUGGAACUUCGAGCGCAACGGUUGUAUAGUUUUGGGGGGUUUCUGACAAGACUGUCUGUUUUCCAAAGUUCCAAAGGAGCAGUGCAGUAACCGUCAGUCAGUCAGCCUGUCAGUGAAAGUGCUGCAAGACUGAGAAAAAAACCCGAACAAGGACUCACGGUGGUUGAAUUUGUUUCGUAAAUUCUAGGACUUUGGGGUUGGUGGUAGAAAAAAAUGUGAGAGUACACGUGCGGAAAUCCUUGACACCUGCCUUGGAUUCGUGAGCGGUUAGUAGUUCUGAUACCUGCAGGAUGGGUUGACAAAGGUCGUCUCUUCGACAGCGGGUGGUGGCUUUUCACGAAUGAUGAGUAAAAUGCGACGAGCGUUUAAUUUAAGUAAAGUGUUUAAUUAUUUGUCGCCGUCAGCGUGACGACUAAGCAGAGGUUGGGAAACAACAAGCAACAAUUUAGCGCCGGUAAUAUUUCGCUGAGCUGGUUGGCGUGAUUUGCCUUUCGUUGUCGUGCUGUUUGCAGCACUCGUAGGGGUAGAAGUGCUUCGCCAGUCAGGGAGAGAGAGAGAGUUUGAACUAAUGAAUUUUUAUCGUGCUAGCAAAGUUUAACGAAAACUUAUUGCCCUUUUUAGAGGUGAAUCGGAAAACGGGCAAACAAAAAAAAAAUAAAACAAGGAACAGUGAAUGCGCGAGUGGUUAAUAAGGAGAGAACUUGAAAAUUGUACAACAUUCCACGGUCGACAGGCGACAGGAGGGCCCUCUGUGUGUGUGGUGUGGCUAUUAGUUUGCGCCUUUUGAGUUCAUGCCAGAAAGUGUAACCGUUUUGAAGGAUCUGUGUUUCAAUGUUCACGGAAAGCGAGGAUAUCGCCGACAAUUAAAUUGUUUUAUUUUUUUUGCGGUUGGGAUAAUUUUCGACGAAGGAAAAAGCUGGCGAAAUAAUGAGUGCAUGAUUGGGUUGCAACUCUAUUUUGAAGGAGCUGAGCUGAGGAUUGACGUCAACGCCUUGAAAAAUGUUGCCUGCCGGAGAGCAGAGAGAGAGGAUUUACUAAUGCACUAGGGAGCAUCAACUAUAGAAAGUUUUAAUAAAAAAUCGGAAAAUUGUCCACCAGCACAAAAAUGAGCGAAAAUGUGCUGCCGUCGUCCACCGCAACAGAACUAGUGCGUGGUUCUUGCAACAACCAACAAAACUGUCAGUAUCCUUUCAUUCAACCGGAGAACAGAAUAAACGGGGAACGGCCAAUGGAUACCGAGCUGAAAUAUUCAGUGGCACUGACUUGAUGGUGAAACGAAAUGUGAUUCACAGCCCAUCGGCAGAAAAUGAAUGUGAUCUGGUCCACAAAACUGCAAAAUUUGCAAAAGUUACUCGCAAACCCCAAGCUCAAACUGUCCAAAACUCCGCCCCGACGGCGCUAGUAUUACUAAUACGAACGACGCACAUCUCAAGCAGUGACACCCGAAAAUCCAAACAUAGACAAACGAAAACAGCGUUAUGAUUAGUAACCUGUACCCACUGGAGGAGCAUCCGCAUUUUUGUUCAUUUUACUGGGGCGAUUUCAAUGCGAGUAGUUUACUAAACUCUGGUUCGGCAGCAGCAACCGCACCGACGGCCGUCAGCACCGGCUACGAUGGAACGCUUCGCAGUGGGCUCUACGAAGACCCUCGGAUAGAAAACUUACGAAAGAUCUCGUACGGAAUCGCUCUACCGAUCAUCUGUGCCCUUGGCAUCGUGGGAAACGUGCUGAACCUGGUGGUGCUAACCCGCAGGAAUAUGCGUGGCACGGCCUAUAUCUACAUGAGGGGCUACUCGGCGGCCGCUUUACUAGCAAUUAUCUUUGCUGUUCCGUUCGGUAUGCGAAUGUUGAUCCACCGGGACUCGGGCCGAUGGCGUAACUUUGGCCAAGCGUUCUAUUCGGCUCACCUGGAACUGUUUCUCGGCAACGGUUGCCUAGGUGUCGGAGUGAUAAUGCUGCUGGUGCUGACGAUCGAACGGUAUGUGUCCGUGUGCCAUCCAGGCCACAUCCGACGAAUGUGUCCACCGAGGAUCACCGUCUGGUUGAUAGCGGUGCUUACCUUUCUCAUCUAUCUGCCGUCGGUUCUGCGCGGCGAGAUCGUUAAAUGUGUCUUACAAUCCGAUGGAACAAUAAUGUAUCAUAAGCGCGAUAAUAUGAAAUUUUUAGAUUCGUUAUUUUAUUCAAUUUAUAAGGUGAUAUUAGAGAUUGUCUUCAAGUUGGCCCCGACGGUGCUAAUUGCCGGCUUUAACUUAAGGAUAAUGAUCGUGUAUCGCCGUACCUGUGAUAAGCGUCGACGAAUGACGCUGUCCCGGAUCAACACCAAGGACGAAGAUCCGCGAAAGUAUGCCGAAGAACGUCGGCUUAUGAUGCUACUAGGUAGCACCUCGCUUCUUUUCCUGAUCUGCGUUUCUCCGAUGGCGAUUCUCCACGUGACACUUUCAUCGGAACAUUUAUCCAGUUAUUCCUUCCAGCUAUUUCGAGCGUUAGCAAAUCUGCUCGAAUUGAUCAAUUAUUCGCUCACCUUCUACAUAUACUGUCUGUUCAGCGAAGAUUUCCGGAACACUCUAUUCCGCACGAUCCGGUGGCCAUGGUUCGAAAAACCGCUCUAUAAUCGAGGAACUGAGUUCCCUCUGAAGCAUCACUCGACGGCCACCAUGUUGAACGGGCACCAUCAUGCGCACGGUAAACGUCGACUCGCCAACGGUACUUCCGUGAACGGGUCACUCCUGCAGGCCACCUCCAACAACAAUAGUCCGCAUCAUUCUCCCAGUCACAACCAACAACAGCAGCAACACCAGUACCUGUUGGCGGUUACCCCGACUACGGCAUCGACCACACCGCUGCAUCUGCAGAUGACGCAAAUCGCGAUGACGACCACGACCACGACGACGGCGACGGCGACCACAACUACGAUUACUUCCGGCUUCUGUACUGCGAACGGUGGGCGCUCGAGUAGUAUCUGAUAUUACGCCGCCGUCGGUGCAGCGGCCAGUUCGUCGGUAAUUAACCGUAGCCGAAGCGUCAGUCUGUCCAGCAUUGUUGGGGCUGGGAACACUGGUAGUCGGCCGGUUGAUGUUUGAUUCAAUCCAAGUAGGCGGAAUGUCAAAAGCUUAAAGCUUGAAGCACGUGACUUCAACAAUCGAAUGACAGAUUUGACUAGCAAACUCGGGUUAAGAGUCUCAGAAAAAAAACAUAAUCGAUAUGUAAAUAAUUUUUCGCACUUGAUGCGGAAUCGAUACCAGCAGAGAAAACACGAAUGACCUGCUCGUAUUAGUUAUACGAUGAAAUAUAUGAUUAGCAGCUUGAGGGUUGCAGAGAGAAAACCAGAAGACAAAUUUUAUCUUCUGCAUAUACAUAUAUUUAUAUACAUUCAUGCCUAAGAAGCAAAGCAGAUGGGUGGACUAGCCUCGAAAUAAAAAGCGUAUUCAAUGUGCCAUUUCUUGAUUUUGUCGCAGCAAAAAAUAAAACAAAUAAAAGAAAGAAAACAAAAAAAAACCCAAACGUAGAGAAUCAAAUUCUGGAUCGAAGUUGUUUGAGUAAAACUUGAUGAAGAACGCUUAAUUGAUGGUGAUGGUGAAAAGUCGUUAAAGUAGAAAAUAACCAAUUGUAAAUAUCUGUCCGGUUUUGAACUCCAAUUUCAUUCACAGACUACUAUGAUGUAAUGACUAGUGUUUAGCCUUUACAAGUACUAAAAGAAACUCGCAAAUCCAUCACUAACUGGUGGUCCUUCGAAGCGUCACAAAUAAAAAAAUAUUGCUCGAAAUAGAUAAA